UGUUUUGUUCUGGUGUGGCUGGCGCAGGGGAGGCAGAGUGACGGGCCGCCGCUCCUGACCUGACCUGACCUGACCCUCGCCUGCCAGUGCCACCAUGGAGGAGGUGGACCUGGCGGAGGAGCAGCCAAGGCCACGGGACGACGCGCCGGACCCCAGGAUACAGGUGGAGCUGGAGAGACUCAACACAGCCACAGACACAAUAAACAAACUAGAGGUGGACCUUGAUGAGGCACGCAUGCUGUUCCGUCAACUGCUAACAGACUCAACACACCGCAUUGAUGCCCUGGCCAAGCGACUCGGGAAGUGUGUGGAGCAGUCACGGCCAUACUAUGAAGCCAGGAUACAGGCCAAGCAGGCGCUGCGAGAGACCCAGGCAGCGGCAUGGCGGUAUGAGCGAGCCAGCAGCCAGCAUGCGGCGGCCCGGGAGAUGGUGUUUCUGGCAGAGGAAGGGCUCAUGGAGAAAGGCUGCUCCUUUGACCACACCUGGCAGGAAAUGCUUAACCAUGCCACAUCAAAAGUGAAUGAUGCAGAGAAGGAGAGGAUGGAGAGCGCUGUGGAGCAUCGGCGGACCUCUGCACUGUACCACGAGGCUGAGACGCGGGUGAAGGCACUGCAGAAGGAGCUGAAGAGGGCCAUUGCCAAGUCCAGUUUGAAUGCACGUCGCAGCCUCUUGCAAAUGAAUAACCUUGUGAGGAUGCAUCAGCUGCAGUUGCUACCUUACUUUGAGCUGAAGUCUGCUGUGAACCAGCAGCUGGAGGCACAGAAGCAGCAGGUGCGGCAGCUGGAGGAGAGUGUUGGACGAGCUAAGAUGACGUACUCCCAGGCGCUGGCUAACCUGGAGACCAUAUCAGACGAGAUCCACCGUACUCGACAGUGUCAGGAGCUUGGUGUGCGAGGCAUUGGUGUCGGGGCAGACUCCCCUUUACCCCCAAUGGAAGCUGGACUGCCACUCACCACUCAGCCCCUCCACUAUGCCGAGUCCAUCCCUGACAGUGCCGAUGCCUCCCAGGAGUUCAAGUCUUUACCAGGGAAACUUGGCCCUGUGGCAGCUCCCAUCUUGACCACAGCACAGGCAACCAAAGCAACCAUCACGCAUGUUUCCUCAGCCUCUAGCUUGCCAGCAGAGCCUGAUGGUUGUGAGGAUGGGUGCAAGGUUCCUGUAGAGAAGGCAGAGACAAGGCAAAAGAGGGAAGAAAAGAGGAGCAGUGUCACGGAGCAGAGUGGAGAGAUCAUUGUGGAGGAAGUAGAUGGCGGAACAACCAGUACAGAUCUCAGUGGCUGGCAGGUGAUAGGUCUCAGCACCCCCCCUCUCAGUGGCCAGUCACAAAACUACCUCACUGUGGAUGACCGUGACUCUACUGUAUCAGACACUGAGAGUCUGGCCAGUAUUGAAAUGCUGAGUGACGAGGCAAUAGCCGGCCUGAUGCUGGAUGAGGAGCUGGCCCAGGCAUCCUGCACCAUGUACACCACAACCACCACCACCUCCACCUCAGCUCCUGUGGUGGACCCACCUCUUGGCUCUACAUCCAUCCACUUCCUGCCGGCCUUCUUCCACAGUAGUGGAGGCGGUGGGGGCCAGCCAUUGGGUGGAGAGGGAGGGUUGGGGUCAGGGCCACUACAAAGCUCUAGUGGUGGGGACUGUUGUGGCAGCAUCACUCACUCCUUGAUGGGGCUCAAGGUGGACUCGGCCACUCCAGGAACACGUCCCCAUCCACCGCCAGACAGCCUUAGCUUUACACAGCAAGACUCGUCGUCUGAACACUCGUCCCCAGAGGACCUCACUCCCGGCUAUGCCCCACUGAGGGACACCCCUGGCUCUCCUGAAGACUUUCUGCCUCCGGGCCAAACAUCCCCACCCAGCACUUCCACCAGUGAGGAUGUACCACACUGCAGCUCCUGGGUGCUGGAGAACACACCAGCUGUCAAGAAGUAGACUAGCUGUGUGUUGUGAUGUAGACUGGUGGCAGGUGUGUGUGUGUGUGUGUGUGUGUACUGAUGAAUACCAAUAAGGGUGAGAGGCAGCUGGCAGUGUGUCUUGAUGUUGACCAGUGGUAGACAGUGACAGGUGUGUGUGUGUGUGCUGAUGAAUACCAAUAAGGGUGAGAGGCACCUGAUAGUUUGUGUGUCUGUUGAUGUUGACCAGUGGUAAACAGUGGCUGCUGUUGUGUAUGUGUUUGUGUUGAUAGGUACCUGUAAUGAUGAAUGGCAGCUGGUAAUGUGUGUGUGUGUGUGUGUUUAUUGAGGGAUACCAGUAAUGGUGAGAGACAGCUGGUAGAGUGUGUGUGUGUGUGUUUCAGAGGGUUAUGCACAUGUUCAGUCUGUAAUAGUUUCUUCUUUGUCUCCUCUGCAAAUUGUGGACAGUUCUUCCUUGGACAUAUUCUGGUCACUGGAAUGUGGAAGCCAGUGCCCUUGAUGCAGAGAAGACAAAGUGUAGGAUGAAACUCAAUAUUACAAACUGAAGUAAUGACAAAAUGAUUCCAUGACACUUGUUCCAUAACCGUGCCAAGUGAAGAUCCCUUAUGCUUUGACAGGCUGGUGGUGCUGGUCAGUGUUUGCUGCUUACUAGUCGUCAGGUCCAGUGCACACUGCUUCGUACUCCUAAACAUUUUGGUGCUGUAACUCAGCUAUGUUCAUUGGCUGUGGUGGUGAUUGGUGGGGCUUUUACGAGUGUUUUUAUGAUUUUAGUGAUAGUUAAACAAAGGAUUCUGCAUCAUCAGUAGGAGAAACACUCAUGAGAACCUGGCUAACCAUCUCUGUAACUUUUGAAACUAGUUGAUAUGGGAGACCAAAGUGUUCAAGAGUACAGGCCAUUAUGCAACACCAAACUGUGCUUGCUGUGGCCAGUAAUAGUCAUAUUUAAUCAUCACCCUCCUUUUAUCAUGGAGGAAUUACUAUGGGUCCUCUCCCUCUUCCAAUAUCAGACCCUUGGCUCCUGGCGUAAGUUUUGCUUCCCACAUCAUUCAUCACAAGUCAAAGAGAACCAUUGCCUAGUACAGUGACUGCUGGACCCUGUCAGUACUGGGAUUACAAUGGCACUGGUGUGGUGACCUUCCUGACUGAUUGAGAGAGAGAUGGAGGGCACAGGGGGGAGUAUGGAUCUAGGUGUGGGGUAUGCAUAUGUGGUGGUGGUGGUAGCUAGUUAGUUAGCAGCAGUUGUAGUAGUAGUAGUAGUUAGUAGCAGCAGUAGUUGGUAGUUGUUAGUAUUAGUAGUUAAGUAGUAGGGGAGGGAGGGAGGGUGAGAGAGAGGGGGUGGUACUGUAGUGUCACCCUAAUUUCCAUUUCCCUUGCUACAGUGGUAACCACACACUACCCCAGUGGUGCAGCAGCAUGUCAUGACCUGUGGCUUGGUCAGCUAAUGGCAAGCUGGAUUUAUAGAAGCAUAAAGCUUGAAUUUCAUAAUCCAAUCAGUCCUGUCAACUAGCAUGUUACUUUUUGAGCCAAUUAGAAAUUUUGACAUGUAAAGGGUCCCCUCAUUGCCAUUUUCACAUAAGUAAAAAACAUCAAGUUCAAUACAUGGCUUAAGUUACUUAACAAUUUCAUCACCUCAUCUUUUGUACAAAUCUGACAGCAUCAGCUGGACUUAGCUAGGGAAUGCAUUCUUUCAUAUUUUGUGGAUCACAAGAAACAAAUCACAAAACAGCUAAGUUUUUAUAAACCUGUAAGUGUACUUAAUUUUCUAUAUCUAAGUACUUGUCACCUUUCCGUUAUGAACCACUUCAUGAUGCCAUACAGCAAACCCCCACAUCUUAGCAAUACAUCAAGAACAAAAGCUUGAUCUUGCCAGUCUGUGUGCAGACAAGGCAGCACCGUAGGCCACAGGGACAGCAGGCUCUGCUGCUGUCACUCAUUGUGUACUUAAUUUAGAACCACUAUUUCAGUAACUGAAGUUGGUGUUACAUUUUCCUCAGCCAAAGAUGCUGUUGGUUUAGUUAUAAAAUCAAGCUGUAUAUAUUUUUCCUAAAAUUUGUUAAACCUUUAUGUAUAUUUAUGAAAACACUAUGGUUCACUAGACCUGCAUGACUUAGCAGCUGUUGAAGUUUGUUAAAUCCUGUAUUUUGUUGAGAAUCUUAAGAGCAGGUUUAUACAAUGGACAAUUGCUAAGAGGUUCCCACCAAGCACUAUUCAGUUUGGAAGCUAGUGAUAUUAAAUAUCAGCCAAUAUUCUAAUUUAAUGUACAAUUUAGUAGUUAGCUGUAGCACCAUAGAUGUAUUACUGUGCAGUAGUAAUACCUUAACAACCAGUAUUACAACUACUUGGUGCUAAAUCCUUUGACAGAUCUAUGAUUUUGCAAUGACUUGUACGUCGGUGAGUGCCGUGGCAGCAGGGAUGGACUCGUCAACAAUUAUCAACACUAGCAAAUGUCUUUGUAAAUAAAUUACAAAUCACAUGUU